AUGGUACCUACGCCGCGAGGCACCUACACCUCUAGCAGCGGCCGCAACAAACCCACCCUCGAGAUCAUUCCGGACACUCGCUUCAUAGUAUUCAAUGGCGGCGAGCAUGAAGCUCAGAACGUCAAGCUCACCGGCGUCGUGCGAUUCACCGCGCCAGAAGCCAUGAGUAUACUGAAGCCCAAGGUUCGAUUAGAAGGCAAGCGAAAGAUCAGCUGGUGGUUCAUGGGUGGGCUGUCCGCGGGUGAGGUGACGGAUAAGAGGAUCUUCUGGAAUCAGGAACAGAAACUGGGAAUUGAGACGUCGCACAAAGUCAAGGCGGGACCUAUAGAGUGGCCUUUCGAGUUCGAGCUGACGCCAUCAAUGCCGGAGAGUGUAGAAGGGUUGAGUGAGACUUAUAUCGUCUAUCAUUUGCACGCGAGUGUGGCACGACCGGGGUGGAACUCCAAGGACGUCCUGGCGCAAUCGCAUUUGAGGAUCGUGAGGACACUGGGCCAAGAUUCCAUGGAGAUGACGAGGUCGAGAGUCAAUGCUGAUAUCUGGUCCAACAAAAUCUCGUACAGCAUCUCGAUACCUACGGACGCGAUUGUGUUUGGAACAUCGAUCACUGCGGACGUAGAGCUCACACCCAUCAAGAAGGGUAUAAGAUUAGGGAAGAUUGAAUUGCGGUUGGUGGAGACUGUCGUCAAGAGGAUCCAGGCUAGUGAAGUACCGGACAUUCGAGGCGAUAGGACAAAAUCAGAAGAAAGUGAGGUCGCGAAGCAGGACAUGGAGUUUCCAGAGCAUUCGCGGGUGAUUUACGAGGACGAGACCACAGAGAACCCUUCGAUGGCGGACGAGAUGUAUCGAUUCAAGGCGACGCUGCCAUUACCCAAAUCUCUGCACAACUGCCGGCAAGAUGUGGACUCCCAUCAAAUCAAUGUCACCCAUCGAUUCAAGCUCAUGGUCAACAUACACAACCCGGAAGGCCAUGUUUCACAACUAGUGUGCCGACUACCUGUCAAGCUGUUCAUUUCGCCAAAUCUGCCUGUUGACGAGAGCAACGCGGUUUGUGGUACGAUGAAUCGUGUGUCGGAUGCGGAGCUCAAUGACAACGAGACGACGCUCACUGCGCCUCCCGAGUAUGGCCGACAUCAACUGGACCAGAUGUACAGUGAUAUCGAUCCUGCUGGAUACAUGAGCAGAGCCGGUAGUGCGCCCGGCACACCCCACGGACUCUACGCGCAAAGUCGAAGAGGAUCGCACGAGAACUUGGCGUCACUGAACGGAUUGGCUAAUGGUAUGUCGAACGGCGAUGCCACUCCUCCCGGUCAGCACGGCAGUGCAACACCAUCAAUACUUCAUUCUCGACUCGCGGAUCUACAAGAAAAUGGACACAGCGUGACAGCGCAAACGCCAGGCGUACGAUUCGCGCACAGCACAUCAGGAGGCGGCUCACCCGCGCCAGGCUUCGCUCGCGAUCGUUCACCUGAACGAGACCAUUCAGGUCGAGGCUCCUAUUUUGCAUCAGCAGGCGACUCCGCUCCUACAAGUGUGCCCCUAUCACGACGGACAUCAGACGAACACGACACAGACAAUGUUCACGAAGCCGACUACGAUAUCAGUACCCUCUCUCGCGUUCCCUCAUAUGGUGCAGCACUAAGAGCACCUGGCUCCAUCACCCCCUUUACAGAUGGCCCACCAAGCUACGUGGAUGCGACAAGUAGACCUCCUAGUCCGGGUUUGCAGCGACCAGGUCCGGCGCAUGUGCGGUACAAUGGUACCGAUUCGCCUACCAUGAGCACCAUCAGCGAGGCGAAUAUCUCGAGAAGUCUGGCGAGUCUUGCUAUGGCGACGCCGCCGAGGGUUCUUGACAGGCCUGACCUUGGGCGCAAUGGCAAUGGGUAUGGCUUGAUCACAGUGGAUGGGUGCCAUCUGAGAUAUAUCGCCUUGUGUAAUCGUUGGCGCAAGGAGGAUGGCAGACAGCGAGGUCAAAGAGCAGCAGGCGGAGACGAUCUAGGGCGACACCUUGACCUGUAUAUCAAACCACGGAACCCGAAGCCCGCCGACGGAGUGCACGAUGUGGUCGAGAUCAAGAAGAUGCGGUCAGGGAUUACGCGACGGCAGGCUAAGACGAGUCUCAAGACGGGCGCGAAUGUGGACGUGGGUGGGUGGAGAGGGGAGAGCGUUGACAGUACGCCCACGAGCGCGUCUGCAUCACACCAACCCCAUGCGGGAGAGAGCAGGGUCACGGACGAGAGUCCUGUCGAGUCACCUAUCCCUUUGAAAGGGCGCGAAGGAAUGAAGACAUCUGUCAAUACAGCGAACUGGCAAGCUACCGGCGUCAUCAACAAUCUGCCUCCACGGGCUGCUUCGCGAGAGCACGCAUCUUCUGGUCAGGCACAGCGUAUUUAUGAUAUGCGCCACGAUGCGGCCGGGAUCAAGACGCCGCGUCCGCAUCCCGAGGAUGAGAAUUGGAAGCUCCACGAGGAUGCCGAAGUGGGACGAGCUGCCGAGUUGGCACUGCGUGAAGUGCUCGGAAGUCUGGAAGCUGCGAAGCGGAAAUCUGAGUCGCCACACUUGUUCGACGAUGUCGACUUCUUCUCGCUUACAUUUCCCGGGCUUGUGCUUGCUAUACUGCCUUCGCCGGGCACCUUGUUCAGCCCUUUGCCAUUUCCUAGUGGCGACGCAUGGGCUCUAACUCCACCUGGCCAAAGACAAUACGAGACGCUAAACCGCCUUGUGAACGUCCGCAUGCGCGAGCAGAAGCAGCAACGCCCCAAUGACCACAAUGAGUCCACUGCUUUCAGGCACUUGGCGCACGCUUCUGGAGCCUAUGAGCACUGGCAAACGAUGUCAGAGGAAGAAAAGGCGGGAACGUGGACGCUCGAGGUAAUGCGCGCGUACGUGACUGCCGAGCAGAGGAGCCAGCAGUCGAAAGAUGAGCUUGAGGCUGCACAGAUUCGGAUACGACAUCUUGAAGCCGAGUACGAUCGUCUGUCGAGGUGUCAACUACCACGCGAGCUCUUGACACAGCCUACAAAGACUAUGCCAGCGCCCGAAGCGGUCAUGCGAGAAUUGAGUAGGCCGGAAAACAGAACCGCUGCUGCUGAAGCUGAGUACGAUGUCGAUUCGCUGUUAGACAAGUGGCGAGCCACGAUACGGGCGCACGCCCGUAGUCAUCGGCAGCCUCAUGCAGAACUGCCGGGACUGAAAGACUCGCAUGGCCAAAAUACAAAGACUAUGCGAUCAGACUUCAUCAUGCAAGGGUCCGUGUUCGGCGUCAAUGGUGCAAUGCCUAGAGGGCCUGACAUGCAUGCUACAGUCCGCGCCCCAACUACCUACGACUAUGAGACACCUCCUCAACCUGGCGCUAUCAUGGAAGCCGAAGACGAUACCGCCGCUGAGCAUAGCCAGCAAGAAUCUUUGGAAAGGGCCAACGGUGGGAGUAUCACAGGUUAUAAUGAUUGUAAUGCUGCUCUCGUGCUACAGAGUCGCGCUACCGGGGAUAGAGUCAUGAACGCAAAUGGCAAGCGGCCGCAUAUAUCUGCUUCGCAAGGCGGGAGAGUCGAAGGUCCUAAGAUCUAUAGGGAGCAGUGGAGUGACCAGGUCCGAUAA